AAAGCUAUGACAAAUGUAUCCUUUCCAUAAUAAAAAGUCUUCCUCAAUGUUGCAAUCAUAUGUAGAAAUUGAUGGGACCUGUAUCACAGUAGUUUAUGUCCUCGGCUUAAAUUUAAGGGACCCAGGUUCAAUCCCGAGGCAAGAUGGAAGUGGUUGGGCACGUUUCUUUUCACUUAAUACUACUGUUCACCUAGUGGUAAAUAGGUACCCGAGAGUUAGGCAACUGUUGUGGGUUGCAUCUUCGGGAAGGUGAAUAUAGCUGAUUUAUGGUGGCCUUGAAAAACCUAAAGUACUGUACGGGCUUCCUGUCCUCAACACCAGUUAACCAUAACUGAAGAGCUGUACUGUAGACUAACGACUGACCUUCCCCAGGAUACAUGGUCAAGUUUGGAUGUGUUAAUAACACGGUGCAGGAUGUUGGUGUGGGAGAUGUGUGUGGUGGUGGUGGUAGCUGCUGUGGUGGUGGCGGCUCAAGACAACCAGACCUUCCUAGUGCAGCUGAAGCAAGGUGCCAUUCUCUGCUCCAGGGACAAGGCUAUUGAUGGGAAAAUAUUCUACAGUUUUAGGGGAAUCCCAUAUGCCCAGCCACCAGUAGGAGAUCUCAGGUUUAAGGAGCCUGUGGCAGCGUCGGGGUGGACCGGUACGCGGGACGGACGAACAUUGCAGCCUGUCUGUCCCCAACUAGACAGUAAUGCUCUCUUGGAGGGCCAAGCGCUGGUCCGGGGCGAGGAAGACUGCCUCUACCUCAAUGUCUACACCCCACAUUAUAUGCUGACUGGUUUCCCAGUGAUGGUUUGGAUCCACGGGGGUGCUUUCAGCAUGGGAGGAGCAGACGAAUACUCUCCCAGUGUCCUGUUGACAAGGGACGUGAUACUGGUCACCCUUCAGUAUCGUCUUGGAACCUUAGGCUUCUUGUCAACGGAGGACUCGGUGCUGCCUGGUAACAUGGGACUGAAGGACCAGGCCUUGGCCCUCCGCUGGGUUCAGGACAAUAUCCGUGACCUUGGCGGUGACCCAGACAAAGUCACCAUCUUUGGUCAGAGUGCCGGGGCUGCUGCUGCUCAUUUGCAUGUAUUAUCACCACAUUCUAGAGGGCUGUUCAGGAGAGCCAUUCUACAAUCUGGAUCAUCGUUGAGCCCUUGGGCCAUACGAACUGACCACAAACAAGUGGCUACGACCAUCAGUAAGGUGUUCAACUGCUCAGGUGUGGAGGUAGAACCCACAGCCCUCAACUCUACAGCACUUCUCCUCUGCCUUCAGAAUCAGACGCUCAGCGACCUAGUGGCCAUUCCCUCCGCGUUUGUGAUAUGGCUCAACACUCCGUCAGUAAUGACACCUCGGGUGGACGGGGACUUCCUGCCUGACCAUCCCGCUGCCCUGCUAAAAUCCAGGAAAUACAACAGGGUCGAUCUUAUUACCGGAGUUACCCAACAUGAGGGCGCCCUGGCUGCCACACCCGUUCUGAUGAAUGAGGAAGUAAGAGAAUCCCUGUCACAAGAUUUUAGCGAUGUCAGUCCCGUCGUGAUGAACUUCGAAGGCGAGGACUCCAGCCUUUACCUUGCUCAGCGGGCCUUCCAGCAGUACCUCGGUGAUCUCAGCUUCAACUCUACAUCUCCCAAGGCUCUGGUUCAGCUUUUCGGGGACCGAGGCUUCAACAUGGCGCACGAGGAGACUGCCCGCCUGCACGCCCGUGCCACUUCGCUCGGCAACAGAGUCUUCGCCUACGUCCUCCAGCAUUGUGGCCAGUUCAGCGUCACGGACCAAUAUGGUACCUGUCUCUCUGCUCACUGGGUGAGCCACGCGGACGACCUGCAGUACCUGUUUGACCGGGGCGCCUCGCUUCCACCUCUGGAGGAGUUGAUGGAUCUCCAGGUUCGUCACUUGAUGGUCUCCAUGUGGACCAACUUCGCUGCUAAGGGGAACCCGACCCCAGACAACUCUCUGGGGAUAAGGUGGAAGCCAACAUCCUCUCUCAAGCUGUCCUACCUUGCUCUGGCUCCUACCCCCGUCAUGAGUACUGAAAAGCAAGUUGAGGCUCGUGAGUUUUGGACGAGUCUUCCAACCCGAGAGAACCUGAUCCUGUACCAGGAGGAGUUCAACAAAGCAAAGAAGCCUGAGCCAAGGCACUCCGAACCAUGGCAUCGGCCGGAGUACUUCCACCAGCCCGCCACCUUCCUCACCUGGUAUUUGCGACAACAUCCAACUUUAAUGCAUAGAUAUAAUAUGAAUCCUCUUGAAAGAUUUUGGUUGUAGAUUGAGUAACAGCUACACUACUGCACCAUGGAACUCCUUCAAUUCUCUCAAGAUCUGCUCAGUAUAAAGAUGAAUUCAGUAUGAAGAUGAAAGAUGACUCCCCAAGACAUCUUUCAUACUACAGUACAGUAUAUUGUUUUGAAGUAUUUGUGCAUUAAUAAUAUACAGUAAAAACAAUGAAACAUGAAAAGUCACAUGUUAACUUGUGAAUUGCUAUAGUUUUCUCUUCAUUCAUAUAGCUUACUGUUAUUCCCUUGAAUAUUAUAGGUAACCAUAUACAGUACUCAAACAAUUUAUGUAUACAUACUGUAUCUGCACCAGUUUGUGUCCUAUAAAGCAAGGAUACAACACAACUGAUCAGUCAAGUAUAAUGUACUGAAAACUACAAACAUGUUAUUACAUUUUGCAACCUACAAUGUUGUAAUUAAAUCACAGCAGAUGUUAUUAAAUAACGUGUUCAUAGAUAUGCAAUCCUUCCCAAUUAGUGCUUAGCUUUUUGUAUAUGAUUUUUGUUAAUCUUUUUCUCAAAUUCAGUCCUGAAUAUAGUUCAGGACAAAAGUAGACUCUCAGUGUAUAUACUGUAAACUGAGAAUUGGUGUACACCUGAAAUACUAUACAUUAAAAUUUAAGAAUUGCUAACAUUUCCAGAUAUGAAGCCUAGGUAUAGUACCUUAUAGGCCAUAUUUAAAAUAUAUAUGCAUUGUAUUCUUGGUGUUAGUUCUAAUAAUCAUGACUCUCAGGCCAUUUUCACAAUUUGAGUUUGCAAUCUCAGUACAGUACAAUACAGUAUAUAGUACAGUGUCUGUUUUGCUUAGCUGAUAUCUGGUACAUCUGGUCUUUUUUCUUGUUUGGGAACCCUUCAAUUGUCAGCAUUAAACUUCAUUUAAUAAUUUAUAGUUCAUGUUA